AUGGCUAAUCUGCUAUCGAAACGUAUUAUUAGAGAAACCGAGCGCUUAGUCUCGGACCCGGUCCCAGGAAUCGCUGCAGUUCCUCACGAAGAUAACCUCCGCUACUUUGAUGUCACCAUUGACGGUCCAGCUCAGAGCCCUUAUGAGGGUGGUGUGUUCAAACUCGAACUGUUUCUUCCUGAAGACUACCCCAUGGUUGCUCCUAAGGUCCGUUUCAUCACUAAGAUCUACCACCCCAAUAUUGACCGUCUUGGCCGUAUAUGUCUCGAUGUUCUUAAGAAUAACUGGUCACCUGCCCAACAGAUUGGUACUAUUCUUCUUUCUAUACAGGCUCUUCUUGGAGCCCCCAAUCCUAAUGAUCCGCUCGCCAAUGACGUUGCUGAGCACUGGAAAAAAGAUGAGCAAGGUGCCAUCAAUACCGCUAAGGAAUGGACGCAAAAGUAUGCUGUCCCCAGCAGUUGA